AUGACCGGAUCAUGGAUGCAGAGGGUACUUGAGACUGUGCGGCCAAGAGGUGGACGCUACACUCUACUCACCGACGACACAUCGUCGUCCGAGCAACAAAAGUCAUUGCGAUACCGACGGCUAGCUCGUAUCGCCAUCUUCAUUGUUCCGAUAUGGCUCAUCCUGCUCUUCAUCAACUACCAUCAUCCUCUGCGCAGACCAGCAACUCAGACCCAAUCAUCUGGUCCUGAGGCAUCUUUCGUCCACUUCCUUCUAUCCGCCACCGCCGGCACGACCUCGUUCUGUCGGACGCUGUACUCCGCCGGAGCACUCAACUAUCCGACACCGCGCAUCAUCAACUGGGAUGCGACCUUCAAAGAUCGCCAUCGACCAGACAAGGGCGAGUCACUUGGCAAGAUCGAUGCUGUCCUCGAUUUCCUGAAGAAACUCGACGGUGCGCACGAUGAUGAACUUGUCCUCAUCGCCGACGGUUACGACACCUGGUUCCAGCUCCGACCAGAAGUCCUCCUUGAGCGGUACCAUGCCAUCAACGAGCGAGCCCGCCAGCGCAUAUGGCCUCGGUACGGCCUCAAAUAUUAUCAAUCCAUCGUCUUCUCCGCCCAGCGACAUUGCGAAGAUGCUGAUGACGACUCAUGUGCCUGCUCACUCGCGCCGCCCUCUCCACUCUCCGACUCCGUCUACGGCGAUCUGACCGACCAGCCAACAGACGAUAUUAUGAACCAGCACGUCUACAUGCGACCGCGAUAUCUGAACACCGGGAUGACCAUCGGUCCAGCAGGGAAGGUGCGAAAUCUGUACGAAUACGCCCACCAGAAGAUGGAGGAUAAUGCUACACACUACAUCACUGACCGCCAGGUCUUCUCUGAGAUCUUUGGCGAGCAAGAAUACUUCCGCGAAAUGGUCAUGGCCAACAGCAGCCGCGUUCCAGAAGGCGAACUGGCGAAUGACCCGCGGAAUGGACACAUCAGCGGCGACAAGAUUGAGCUGGACUGCGACCAAUGCCAGUUCGAGAUCGGACUAGACUAUCUCGGCGAACUAUCGAUGCCGACCAUCUACUCCGAAGCACAUAUCGUCCAAAUCAAUCCCAACUCGACCUCGACCCUCAAGCUGCCUGAGGACAUCCGAACCUCAACCCCGCCGUACUGGACGCCUGACUACAGCGGCACACGACCUCCACUGCCGUUCACUCCCUGGUCAGACCUCCCUUUACGGACAGACCGCUCGACGCACACCAUUCCCGCCGCCAUCCACUACCACCGCGAAGCCCCAACGAACGACACCGCAUCCGCCUGGUCCAAACAAUGGUACCACAGCGACCUCCGCCCCCUACUCGACGGCCACGCCAAGUCCUUUCGCAUGCCCUUCGCCGUCCUCCACGACCAGCCCAAAAUCGGCGUCACGCAUGAGUACUGGGGCCCGCUCGACGGCUACGGUGGCGUGCGAAUACACCACGAGGGAGAUUUGGGCGGGGAGUGGCGGCAGUGGGAUGAGUUGUGCGGAAGUGAUGAGAUUGGGAGGGAAGUGUUUGGUGAUGGCAAGGACAGGUAUGAGAAUCCCGUGUACUUCUUGUAUUGGGAUGCGGAGAAGCAGAAUUCGCAAUUGGAUCGGUGGAUUGAGCGGGUUGAAGGAGAGAGAACCGCAGGGGUCUUAUAG